AACCGUUGUCUUUCGAGCGGAGAACAUGCUGUUUCGCGUGUAUCAAGCCAUUUUAGCCAGACGGUCUCCGCUUUUCGCUAGCUUGUUUGCAGCUGUUCAACCUGCACAGGAGACAUACGAAGGCUGUCCACUGAUUUCGCUUGCUGAUGACGCAGAGGAUGUGCGAGUGCUCCUGUUGGCACUGCAGGAGCGAGACUCCCUUGCCCGUUUUCUCACCAAGGACAAAUUCCUAAUUUCCCUCUUAAAGACGAGCACCAAAUACGAGGUGCAAGACCUGCGAACUCCCGUUUUGGAUGCGUUAACCGCCUGGUUUCCGACCACACUCCGCUCCUGGGAGCUCAAAGAACGCAAGUUUGGCGAGCAUAACCCCUUCUCCAGGAAGGGUGCCAUUAUCACCUUUGCCAAUGUCGCCCAGCACGCAGCCCCGCACCUUCUUCCUGCCGCACUGCUCUUGCUCUUCCCUUACUACGACGGUCGCGAUAAGCCGUUUUACAGCGGGACGUUUCAAGGGAAGCCCGUCACGCUGAACUUGUCUCUCGAGCUCGCUGUUCUGCGCGGGCGGUCAGUUAUUGGAUAUAUCGCCCGCCUUGAGGUAUAUCCGAGCCUCUUCAGCUCUAGAGGCCCACACCGGAUACUAAAGUCCACCCAGUGCAUCGUUGGCAGGAUGAAUGCGGCAAACACGCUGUGUGGCGAGGACGGGGUCAUCAAUCCGUUCAUGCACCGAAAGCAUGAAACAGCAUGGAAGCCGCGAGAAUUCUGUACAGACUGCCUGCGCAUUUUGGAAAGCGACUGGCGAUCCGGAACACAAAGUGCCUGGAAUCAGCUGCCUCAAGCAUUCGGACUGCAAAACUGGAGGAUGCUCCUCGAGCAGGCACCCCCACAGAGAAUGGAGUUGGAUGUCUCAGACUCAACGUGCACCGCACGGUGCGAAGACCUCUGGUUUCCAGAUGGGACGAUCAUUCUCCAAGCCGAGACUAAACUGUUUCGUGUGUACAAAGGUGUCCUAGCCAAACAAUCCUCGCUUUUUUCUGGGAUGCUUGCUCUACCGCCGCACCAGCAGCAAGAGACGUACGAUGGGUGUCCAUUAGUGGUAUUGCACGAUUCGGAGGAGGACGUUCGCGUGUUUCUCUUAGCGCUCUACUACCCCAACUUCCCGCGCUCGCUCCUCGACGACGAAAGUCUCGCAGCGACGCUCCUGCGCAUGAGCCACAAGUACCACGCACACAAGCUACGCGCCGCGCUCCUGGCUGUGCUUGAGCCGUACUUUCCGACCACGCUCCUCGACUGGCAACAGAGGCGGCGGGUGAUCGGCGCGCGGAACCCCUUCAGUAAGAAGAGCGCCAUCAUCCACCUCGUGAACGCCGCCGAGCACGCCGCGCCACACCUCCUGCCCGCCGCGCUGCUCGCGCUGGUACCCUUCUGUGCGCACGCUUCCGCUGAGUCCCCGUUUGGGCGAGGCGUCUUCAAGAACGCACCUGUUGUGUUGCAUCCCGCGCUCGAGCAGACCGUCCUGCACGCGCAACAGACCCUCGACCGUAUCGCACGCGAGGAAAUCUACCUGGGCCUGUUCAACCCGAGCAACGCCGACUGUACUGGAGGCACGUGGUGCGACGAUGGGCGAGCGUCCGCAAUUGGAAAGCUGGUCAACGCAGAAGGACUCAUCGACCCGUUCCAGUUCGCGAAGCACCGGCCGGGCUGGAAGGCGCAUUUGUUCUGCGCGAAAUGCCUGGAGCACCUUGAGCUCGGCUUCUCGUCUGGCUCGCGUGCCGCGUGGGAGAAGCUACCGGACGUAUUUGGCCUGCCGAGCUGGAGGGUGCUCCUGGGCCAAGUUUGAGAUCCCCGAAUUCACAGU